AUGGAGCGCUGGACAGGACGUGUGGCCCUUAUAACGGGUGCUUCGGUUGGAAUAGGAGCUGCUCUCGCCAAGAAACUAGUUCAACAUGGCAUGAAAGUUAUUGGUUGUGCUCGAAACGUGCAGAAAAUUCAGGACCUAGCCGAUGAGUUAAAGACAGAGAAGGGUUCUCUAACGGCCAUUAAAUGUGAUGUCUCCAAGGAGGAUGAGAUGCUGGCCAUGUUCGCGAAGGUCAAGGCUGACUUUGGAGGCGUGGACAUUUGUGUCUGCAAUGCCGGCCUGUCCCACGACGCCCCCAUUCUGACCGGCGAUACACAACAAUGGAGGGAGAUGUUGGACGUGAAUGUGCUUGGCCUGGCAAUAUGCUCCAGAGAGGCUGUCAAACAGAUGAGAGAGAAAGGAGUGGAUGAUGGUCACCUCAUUCUUCUAAACAGUAUGUCUGGUCAUCGAAUUAUCCACAGUAGUCCUGGACAUUUCUACACUGCUACCAAGUUCAUGGUUACGGCCUUGACGGAAUGUCUGAGACAGGAACUCAAUGACCUCAAAUCACACAUCAGGGUCACGAGUAUCAGUCCAGGAAUGGUUUACACGGAGUUUCAAGGUCGGAUGUUCAAGGACAUGAGUAAGGGAGACCAGAUUUGCACUGCAUAUAAGACACUGGAGGCUGGUGAUGUAGUAGACGCCAUUGUUUAUGCUAUAGGAACUCCAGGACACGUGCAGGUACAUGAUAUUUUACUACGUCCUACGGAACAGAGCACGUGAAGGAACAAGAUUUCCCCAAGACUCUCGACAACAGUUGUAUCUGGGGGAGUGGACACAGAAAUCAGCCCUACCUGUAGAUGAGCUGAUGUUACUAAUAUAUGGGUUAUCGUCCUUUAGAACUAAGUACUUGUUGGGAGAGAUUAUUAUCGAUCAUAUAAUCAGCGGAACUUGACCAGAACUGCACUUUACAUAUCUAUAACUAAAUGUCUGUCAGAGCUUAGACUACAGUAUGUAAGUCUUAUUUGACUUGUCUGACUUAUAUGACCUUGACCUGGACCGUUAAUGACAUGGCUGCUUACUUAAAUGGCAGCCGCCAGACAUUUUCUCGAAUUCGGAAAAAAAAUCACGUAUUCCUAUGUGAGCCAUAGACCUGAAACUUCGCUUUACAUACUUGUCUGGUGGAGCUGACCUCGGUCUUGACUAGACACUUCGACAUGCAAUAAAUUAUGUGGAGCUUCCAAUGUUUUCUUUAAUACUUUUGUCCUAAAGACUAGAUUGUCUGUAGGAACUAGUCUCAUGAACUCCAGUCUACUGGCUGAUUUUCUAAGGAGUAAUAAUAUUAGACAGACAAGGAAAAUUGACCCUAUGUACCUUUCUUUUGGAGAAGAAUCAUAGCUUUUCGGCAGCACUUCAAUAUCAAAUUAUGAAAUUACUGUUAUCAAAAUAUUACCUAUAGGCAAAUAAAACAUUUUCUAUGAUUUGAAA